AUGAAUAAUUCAACAGGAAUGAAAAAAACAAUAAUGUUGAAGAAGUUCAUAACGAAUUAUUCUAAUGUGAGAUUAUCUUUUUUAAUAACCUGCUGUAUAUUUUCAAUUAAUUUCGUCAAUAUUAAUGCUUAUAAAUCAGAUAAUUUAUUACAAAACCAUUGGUUAAGCAAUAUUCAAGAUGAUGAUCUUAGACAAGCAAUGGAAGAAGAAAAUAUCACAGAAGAACAAUUAAGAGAUCCACAUCAAUUUGAUCGUUUAUUAAAACGUUUAAUAUUUUUAUCACCUAAACAUUUACGAAGAUUUAUGAAGGUAUUAAGAGAAUGGAAUAAUCUUAGUCAGCGUAUAAGGUAUGGAUGA